CUAGGGAGUCAUUUAAAGGGGCAGGAAGCGAUCGGCUGCCAGGGCUUUUUGCUUAUUAGCUGUAGUUUGACGUGUGAGGGUGUUGGAAAACUGGGCGGACCGUGUGCCUUGCUCCGUGUCUGUGAGCGAUCAAACGCAGAUUUUAACCAGCCCGGAUCGCGAAAGUUUUCAUAAGUUACGAAUAGGAUGAGCGGUAAAUCCGCGAACGGGACGGCCGCAGGGACCCCGGGCUGUAUUGAAGGUCUGCCGCCGCUGCCGAAGAGCCUGAGCGGCUUGCUGAACUCGAGCGGCGGCUCCUGGAGGGAGAUGGAGCGGAUGUACGCCAAGAAGACCAUGAUCCAGGACGACCUGAGCCGCGGCCGGAGCCACACGGACAGCCUGGCGGCCAGCAAGCCGGCUAACCUGGACGCCGCGCUGGCGCUUCUCAGGAAGGAGAUGGUGGGGCUGCGUCAGCAGGAUAUGUCGCUGCUGUGUCAGCUGUGGUCUCUACACGAAUCCAUCCAGGAGUACAAAGGCAGCUGCCAGGACCUCACUUCCGGCUCUAAUUCAGACGGACCUUAUGGGAUGGAGAACGGCUACUUCGACGAGGAGGAAGAGUAUUACCAGGAGGCAGGUUUAACCCCGACCGAGCAGCCGGAUGCCAACGGGGACUCUUCCCCUAAUGGGGAUGUGAAGGACAAGUGGCUACACGACUCUUUCCAUAUCACCAUUUGAAGGACCCUUGAAGCAGUGCUUUACCUGUUAAUUCCAUAUUCUAAGUCCUUUUACUAGAAGGAAUAUUUUUAGAAAAUUAUUUGCCAGUUUCUUCAUUGCUGGCUUUUGGUCAAUUUUUCAGCAGACUUUUGUAUUUGAAUAUAAAUGAAAUUGCUUAUUUAUUAUAUAUAAUAGUUGCAUUUUUUUUUAUUGACUCAAGGAUUUUGGAUAGUUUUUUGAAAAGAUAUUACUUCUAUUUACAGAUAAGGGUAAAAAAAAAUCCAAGCAAAUAGAUAUACAUGUUUUCAUAAGUUUGUUCCCUACCCAGUGUGAAGGUAUAAUGCUUCUGUUUACGUAAUUACGUAAGUUUUAGAUACCGGGCGGUGUAAACAAGCUGGUAUCCUUUACUUAUAAUGGAUGUGGCUUGUUGUGAAAAUGAAAAGAUGGACAUUUGAGUCCAAAGUUCACAUCAAGGACAGAUCCGCACGUCAUCCUUAAUGAGAUGUGCUUUGAUCCCUCUUGGAUUUCCAAAACAUUUUUGAGCUGUCAAGGCUGAGCGCAUCAGGUCGGAUUGUGCCCCGUGAGCAGUUAGUGUUCACGGUCGUCUUGCCCCCUGCUUUAGCGAGCGCUAAUCCUGGUGGCCCCUAGCAGCAGGCCGCACUCAUAAGUAAAUGUGUUAACGCCAUGUCUUGUACCUCUGUAAGACCUCGGCCUAAUUCCUAAUAAGUUCAGCAGCUGCCUUUUUAAAAGAGAAACGAACAUCAUGGCUGUCUACCAAAGGAAACUAAGGGCAAGUCUGGAGGCAUGAAGGAGUGGCUUUCAGACGCUAAAUUGCUGUUUGCGAGUUUGUUCCACGUCUGCAGAACAGUAAUAGGUUUGUGGUGCGCUAACCAAAGACCAGUGCAGAGAUGUCUGUGAAAACUCAAUGCCACACCUUAUCCGCAGUGCUCGAUAUUAAACUGUUUUGUCACAA